AUGCCAGCAGACGUCAAAGAACCUUUGAACCCACUCGCCAUUGCGAAGCUCCUUGGUCCUAAUACGCCCACGCUUGACCAUUUUAUUCGAUUCUUCAGCACCGUGCGUGGCACUGAUAAAGUGCUCAUGUUUAUCUCAUAUUGGUCCAAGGUGGUGAUUUGGUUCUUGCAACGUCGUGGCGUUGAUCCCAAGAUUGCUAUGCGUAUCCAAAACUUGGCUGGACCUGCUAGUGAUUUCCGCAUGUUGCUACGUUACUAUGGUUUGUUGCCCAUGAUCCAGUAUAUGAAAUACCUCGAAUACAACAAACCUCCAAGCAAAUUGACGCUGCAUGUGGAGCGCAUUCAAAACUUGUCAAUGCUCUUUUACUACCCACUCGAACACUUGUAUUGGCUUGGUGCCCAUCAAAUUGUCCCCAUGACUGAAAGCAAGGCCAACAAGAUUAGUGUAUGGAGUUGUCGUGCUUGGGCCGUGUGGGUGAUUCUUGAAUUUGUUCGUCUUGGUGAGCAAUAUCGUGUGCUCAAGCACCGUGAAACAGGCUUGUUGAAGCGCAUCAAGGCCGGUGAUAUUGAAUCAGAUGAGGAUCCAGAAGCUGAAAUGGCUAGUAUGAAGGCUGAACGGUCAUCCAUCUUUGUCAACACCAUGAUGAACAUUGGUUAUUUCCCUCUUACGUUGCAUUGGUCUCGUGAAGCCGGCCUCAUUCCGGAUGUCGUUGUUGGCAUGUGCGGUGGUUUUGCCUCUCUUUUCCAACUCUAUGCCGCCUGGCGCGACACUGCUUAA